CUGGAAGCCAUGCAUCGUCGUCCGUCAUGCAUAGCCUCGAGCGUGUGAUCAUUCACUUCGAUUACGACGCCUUCUACGCGUCCGUCUAUGAAGCCAAGAAUCCCGCGCUCAAGAACGUGCCCUUUGCCGUACAGCAGAAGCAAAUCAUCGUGACCGUCAACUACAAAGGCCGAGAGAGAGGCCUACACAAGCUGCAGCUCGUCAAGGAGGCGCGCCGCGUGUGUCCCGAAGUGGUCAUCGAGCUGGGCGAAGACCUCUCCAUCUUCCGUGACGCCAGUGUCGAACUCUUUCGCUUCAUUCGCUCCUUCUCAUGGAGCGAUCGAGCGGAGCGACUGGGCUUCGAUGAAGUCUGGCUGGACGUCACCGACAUGGUCGAGCAUAACCUGGACCUGCUCAACCGGAAUGAUCUUCGGCAUUCCUUCUUUCAGCUGUCUCGGGACGAUCCCACGCGCGGUUUCGCCUACGAUGCCACGUCCGUUGCAGGGCAUACGUAUCCCGAGGAUUACGCUGCACCUGCAGAUGCCGACGAUCUGACUCUCCGUCUUCGCAUCGGCUCUCACCUGGCUUUGCAUAUUCGGCACGGCCUCGAGAACACGCAGGGCUAUACCUGUACAGUAGGCGUAGCGACCAAUAAACUGCUGUCCAAGCUCGUGGGAACUUUGCAUAAACCCAAGAGCCAAACGACCAUAAUGCCGCCACUCAUAACUCGAGAUGGCAGACCAAGCAACGUCACAACAUUUCUGGAUAGCCACGACAUCGGCAAGAUUCCUGGUAUCGGAUUCAAAAUCUCUCAAAAGCUGCGCGAUCAUUAUUUGCAACGUCCGGCUGCCAUUGACGAAGGUCUAGUAUAUGGGGGCACCAAGGACAUUGUCACGAUUGCAGCAUUUCGAGCUCAACCUAAUAUCAACGCAGUCACCUUAGAGAAGCUGUUAGUGGGCCCUGGCUUUGCACAUGGAAUUGGUCACAAGGUCUGGAGUUUAAUCCAUGGCGACGACGACACUGAAGUCAGCCCCGCGCGAAAUGUUCCCAGCCAGAUCUCCAUCGAAGACAGCUACUUACGCCUAGAUACAAUGCCGGAACUUGUCCAGGAGUUUGAUCGACUUGGGCGCAGUCUCCUUGGCAGGAUGAGAGUAGAUCUGCUCGCUGAUGACGAUGAUGUUGAACCCGCCGAUACAGUGAACGCACGGGACAUGCCGAAACCGAUGGUGACGAAGAAAUGGCUCGCUCGUCCCCGGACACUGCGUCUCACGACGAGGCCGCGCAUGCCAUUACAGCCUGAUGGUACGAGAAUACGGUCGUUCAAGCGCAUCUCGCACUCGGCGCCCAUGCCGAACUUUGUGUUCAAUCUCAGCGAUAGCAUUGAUCAGCUGUCCGAGAAGCUCGUGCGAGAACACAUUCUCCCCAUGUUUCGCAAGCUGCACGCAGAAAAGUCGGGCUGGAAUUUAAGCCUGGUGAACUUGGCGGCGACAAACAUGGCAGAGACUGCAGGUAAUAGCAAGACGGCCAACGGCCGCGACAUCAAAGGCAUGUUCAUGAGACAGGACGAGGUUCUGAAGGACUUCCGCCUGUCGGAGGAGACAGAUGACCGUGGAGAGAGCAGCAGUGUGUCCGAUGCUGGACCACUCGACACCACGCGUCCUGCCAUACUCAGCCAGCCAGAAAACACCAGUACGUUUCCCGAGGACUAUGAAGACAGCAGUAGCUGGGAUGAAGAGGAAACCGAGGGCACGGAACUCUGCUGUUGUGGCGAAUGUGGCAUUCGGCUUCCUUCGUUUGCGAUGAGUGCGCAUUCACGAUUUCAUUCACACCUUCGCGAACCGCAGUGACCUAGGUACAUAACGUUGUCGGUUGACGACGUUACAGUAUUGAUGCUGCUGGAAUGGUGACCAGUCAGGUGCAUGUUCGUCGGAUGUGUGGCCACUGCCAGGUGACCAACGACCAAACCCGACAGCCGCUGUCGGAAGUGCGGGCAAGAAGUCAUGUAAAGUACAUGAUAAGGUAGGUAGGCACAGACGGGCUUUUUCUAGGAAGGAAGGCGCCUCUGAGCAGUGGUGUGCACUUGACACGACUGUACUUUUGAGGAGUGACAGACACAGUACCUCUAGGAGGUACAGCCAAAACCUGGAACGGCCCACCAAUGGGGUGGAGCUAGCUGGCCCACCGUCCCGGUUGCUGGAGCGGAUUAUGCAUAUCCUCGCCACUCCACUGGGUAGGUGGAUAAUGG